GUUGACGAACUGACUCGCUCCUGCUCUGGUAAUCUCGAGGUCUUGAUUCUUGAAAAUGAUGAGCUUCAACGUUAUAGCGUAUUGGCGUUCUGCUUUGAGCGUCUUGUUGCCUUUGGUCUCGCUUGCGUAUGCGAAGAUCUUGUAUGCUGGUGUUAAUGAGUCUGGAGGCGAAUUCGGCGUGUUCUCUGCGAACGCGACGAAAGGUACUGGUCUUCCCGGUCGGUUCGGUGUUGACUUUGCGUUCAUCAACGAGACUACGGUGGAUACCUUCAUCGACCAAGAGAAGAUCAACUUCUUCCGUGUUACGUUCCUCAUGGAACGUAUGUGUCCAGUUGAGACAGGCCUUGGGAGUACGUUCAACGAAACGUAUUUCAGCGAGUAUGCAGAUGCGGUGAAUCAUAUUACGGGUAAAGGAGCAUUUGCAUUGAUCGACCCGCAUAAUUAUAUGCGCUACAAUGACCCUUCCCAGCAGCCAAACACUGGAAGCGUAAUUGGAAAUACGAGCGAUCCAACUGCCGCAACGACCGAACAAUUCGGGGAGUUCUGGACAGAGCUCGCAAAUCGGUUCGUCGAUAACCCGUUCGUUGUGUUCGGGAUUAACAACGAACCUCACGACAUGCCCACGCAAUUGAUCCUACAAAACAACCAAGCCGCCAUCGACGGGAUCCGCUCCACCGGCGCACAGCAGUUGAUCCUUGCACCAGGAAACGGAUUUACUGGUGGACAUUCGUGGACGCAGACUACUGGUGCUGCUGGUGACGCCCCCUCGAGUGAUUUUAUGAAUAUGAUGGUGGAUCCGUUGAAUAAUACCGCUAUCGAUAUUCAUGAGUAUCUUGAUGAGGACUUUUCGGGAUCGCAUGAUAAUUGCACGCAACCAGGCCCAGAGAACUUGGCCGCCUUGACCACCUGGCUGCAGGAGAACAACCUCAAGGCCGUUAUAAGUGAAUUCGGAGGUGCUAACAACCAGAACUGCUUCGACUUCAUAACCGACAUGCUCACGUUCCUCGAGGCAAAUGACGUGUACAUCGGAUGGAGUGCAUGGGCUGCUGGUCCACUGUGGGGUACGAGCUCACCUUGCUGUGGAGCUGAUACAGGGAGUCUCGAACCGGGACAGGUGAAUGAUAUGGGCAGACCAAAUGGUUUCGAUACUGUUUGGGCUCAAGCUAUUAGGCCGAACAUUCCGUUAGACACUUUGAAGCGGAACGGGACGUCGGGUCUCUCGUAA